AUGAGCAACAAUAAAUCGCUUCUAACUCCUUCGCCUUUAAAUCCUACUUUUCGACCUGAUGUUAUACAAUCAUUAAUCGAUGGGGUCGAUAGAUAUAACCCUGAUAAUGUAUCAAUUCUCGAAGAAUAUUUAAGUACACAACUUCAAAAUGAAGAAUAUGAUUUGAUGGCGAAUUUAGCGAUACUGAAAUUGUAUCAAUUUAAUCCCCAUCUUGUCAACGAUGUGGUCAUCAGCAAUAUUCUCGUUAAAGCUCUUACGGCUAUACCAAAUCCAGAUUUCAAUCUAUGUUUGUAUUUAUUACAAGAGGGAUCUCUUAGUGAUGACAAUGUUUCAAAAUUAAUUUUGUUACAACAGUUAUUGGAGGAAGCUAGAUAUCAAGAAUUUUGGGAAGUAUAUGAAAAAGAUGAUACAUACAAAGAUCUCUCAAUGGAAGCUGUUGGCUUUGAUACAGCGAUUCGUAAAGUUAUAUUGACGGCUAUUUGUAUGGCAUAUCAAACUAUUUCGGUAGAUUUGUUACGAACAUAUCUUAAUUAUCCAAAGGGUGAUACCAAAUUUGAAACUUUUAUUCAAUCUCAAGGACUUACAACAAAAGACGAUGUUAUCAUUAUUAAUACAAAUUAUGAUAAUGAAGCAAAACCUACAGUAAUAAGAGAAAAUAUCAAAUUCGAACAACUCACAAAAGUCAUUGGAUAUUCUAAUGAGUUAUAA